CGUAGGUUAAGAGAAUCACCCUUUCAGCUGGUAGAGCGAGAAACUUUUAAGGGGAAUUCUAGACAGAGAAAGACUCUGUGUGCGAGAGACAGAGUGCGAGUUUUUGAUGCGCAUCGAUCGACGACGAUGUCAAAGAUGAAGCAUCUGUUGCGAAAGCUUCACAUCGGUGGUGGGUUCAACGAUAACAAUAAUCGACUGGCCACUGCCGACCCGUCAUCACGGUCUCCGGCAACGACCACGUUUCACUCAUCGUCUUCUUCUCCAUCUAUGUUGCCGAUUGUCGAUGGAACCGGAGCCGAUUUAUCUUCAUCUGCCCAGAACGUCAACGACAUCUCAAACUCGUCCACAGUUGAUUCUAAUUUCUUCGAAGAGGAAUUUCAGAUGCAACUUGCUCUUGCGAUUAGUGUCUCAUCGGGAUCGGUCGAGACGGGUCAACCUGAUGCUGAAACCGAACAAAUUAAGGCUGCUAAGCAAAGAAGCUUGGGCUGUUCUCCUUCUGAACCCUUCGUUGAAUUUCUUUCGCUUCGGUAUUGGAGCAAUAAUGUUGUAAAUUAUGAUGAGAAAGUGAUGGACGGUUUCUAUGAUGUAUAUGGGAUUACUUCAAGUUCAAUCACACAAGGGAAGAUGCCAUUGUUAGUGGAUCUUCAAGCAAUAACUGUUUCAGAUAAUGUUGACUAUGAAGUAAUUUUAGUUGACCGAAUGGUUGAUAAGGAACUGCGGUAUCUUGAGGAAAGAGUUUCCACUAUAUCACUGGAAUGCCAGGCUGCUGGGACUAGGCAGAUUAUGAGUACAUUAAUCCAAAAACUUGCCAAUAUUGUCGUUGCUCAAAUGGGGGGUCCUGUUAGUGAUGCAGAUGAAAUGUUGAGAAGAUGGACUCUUAGAAGUUAUGAGUUAAGGAAUUCCAUGAACACUAUCAUUCUUCCUCUUGGUUGUCUUGAUGUUGGACUUUCCCGCCACAGGGCCUUGCUUUUUAAGGUACUCGCUGAUAAGAUCAACCUUCCAUGUAGUCUGGUAAAAGGGAGCUACUAUACUGGCACUGAUGAUGGAGCUGUGAACUUGAUCAAGAUCGAUAAUGGAAGUGAAUACAUUAUUGAUUUAAUGGGUGCUCCAGGCACCCUGAUUCCUUCUGAGGUUCAGAGCUAUAAUCUUCCAAAUUUUGGACUAGAUUCAGUAGCAGCUACACCUCAAGCAGAUAAUGUUGCCAAAAUUGGGACUUCAGGUUCUGAAGUGACUUCUAGUUCUAUUAUAGGCUCACAAUCAAAAGGUCUAAAGGAUGGAAAAGUUAUGAAGAGAAAAUCAAACGGAGAGAUUGAAGAUGUGUCUGAAUGUGUCAUAACCGCUGCAAAAAACCCAGAAUUUGCUCAAAAACUCCAUGCAGUUCUAUUAAAUAAUGGUGGAACAUCGCUCGAUUCCCUUUUAAAUGUAAAUAACCAAGUGAAGGGAGAAGCAGACAUAUGUGAAACUGUUCAUUUGUUAGAUGCUGACAUGUUAAAUGUUGGUGGUCAACAUGGUCAAGUGUUAGUCAUGUCUAAUCAUGACAACACAAAUGCUACAUUUUUUGGGUUACAAACACAGCAAGAAGUAAUGUCCAAAACAGAUAUACUUUCUGAAUCUACAUGUGAAAGCCAUAAUGAGGGGAUUAGUCUUACUGCAGUUGAGUGGGAAAUUCUGUGGGAGGAUCUUCAGAUUGGAGAACGGAUUGGUAUAGGUGAGAUACAGAUACCCUUGUUUACUGUUUCUUAA